AUAAGAGAGCUGUGUAUGUGUUUUUUCUCAGAAACAUACACUCAUAAGAGAACAUGAGGCAGACAAUCCUUUUAUCUCUCCUGUGCUCUCUCCUGAGCUGUAGCCUCACUUUUGACAGAUGUCUUUCCGCGAAUAGAGGAAAUGUACUACAGCAACCUUACCAACUGGAGGUAAAUUCUGGGGAAAGUGCUGUCAUGAAGUGCACUAUAAAGGAAUAUAGAACUAAAGGAGCAAAUAUGAGGAAGCGUUUCGAGAAAAUUUUGUUCAUCGGACCUAGUGGUAGUACUAUAGCUACAAAUUAUGAGGAUCGCUUGUCAUGGUCUGGAGAUAUGACAGACUUUAUUUUAACAUUAAAUAAUCUUACAGUAAAUGACUCCGACAUUUAUCUUUGCGAUACAAUAACACUGGAUACUACUGAGAUCUGUUCUUUUGGAACCUUACUCAUUGUGCGUCCACAAGUCGAAAAAGCAGUAUAUCAAGAUAAAGAUGCAGCCAAUGAGGAACAAAUCUGUGGAAAAACUUCAUUUUCUCUCAUUUCGUAUAUCAUCAUUCCGGCUUUGUUUGUUCUCUGUGUGGUUAUUUUCAUGUAUAUGAAACGUAAAAGAACAAAGGAAAAACAAAGCUUCAAUCAAAACACAUAUGUCGAUAUGACACAAACCCUCCGUCGGAACACAAUGGGAAAUUCUUUCAUCUAUAACCAAACUCAAAAUGGAUCGGUUCCUACUUAAUUUUACAUUUGAUUUUAUUUCAAAUGUUGCCUCUAAUACAGCGAGGCAUUUUAUGGACUAUGAAAAAAGUGUGUUUUGUUUCUACCCUGUUUGCAAAUGUUUAUAUGCAUCUGGUGGUGCCUGUAUAGUUAAAAAUGCAUUAGUCAGUUUUGCAUGAUCAAGUCUGGUUGCCAUGGUAUCAAGGAGUAAAGUGAGUACUCUGAUUACCUGUGGCCUGCUGGGUCACCCCAUGCCUGUUGGGUGCAAAGAUUUUGUGCCUUUCUCAGGGGUUAGGACUCAAGGUUGGAAUUAGGCUUUUAUCCCCUUCCUGACCAGACACCUUUUGCUUUUUUUGGUACAUGCAGAUACGAUAGCUAUAAAGUUUUCAAUAAUCUGGCAUCUGGCUUUAUUGUCAUGUCAUUUUUAUUCUAGUACAUUAUUAUUUGUGCCAAUUGUAUAUAUUUUGCCAUAUGUAGUAUAUAUAUAUAUAUAUAUAUAUAUAUAUAUAUAUAUAAUGAUACAGAUGCAUUUAUCAGCAAUAUCUUAUUUUGCUUUUGUAGACAAUAGAUACAAUCAAAUAGUGAUGCUCUUAGCUUUAUCUUUAUCAGUUAUUAAACAAUCACAUGACACAUAAACUGUACGUAUCACCCGUUUUGCUUAAUAGCUGUGCAUGAUAUUGCAUGUUUUGCCUGGGGCCCCUCUAAGCUUAAAGGGGUACUCUGCCCCUAGACAUCUUAUCCCCUAUACAAAGGAUCUCUGCGGGGGCACCCCAGUCAUCCGGUGCAUGGAGUGAACUUUGUUCCUUGCCUGAUGACAAGGGGUGCAGUGCUGGAGGCUCAUGACAUCACAGCCACGCCCCCUUGUGAUGUCAUGCCCUCCCUCUCAAUGCAAGUCUAUGCCCUCCCAUAGACUUGCAUUGAGGGGGCGUGGUCGUGACAUCACAAGCCUACGGUGCCACAACCUGCAGUCUAAACUAACACGGGGUGCUGCAGGGAGAUGGGGGGGGGGGGGUCCCAGCAGUCCCUAGGGGAUAAGAUGUCUAGGGGAGGGGUACCCCUUUAAUCUGUAUUGACAAAUUUCCUAGUAAUGAUGCCCUGGCUGAUGGUGUGUGGAAAGCCUAUGAUGUUAAAUGUGCAGUGUAAACAUUUUUAUCUUACACAGGGCUUAAUACUUUUGAUAUUUAUAAAGAUGU